GCCAAAAUAAUUUUCGACGGUGAAUGAUAAGACCUAAGAGAGAGAGAGAUUGAGAUCGAAGGGUGAAAUCUGAAAUGGAAUCAGCUCCGACGGGAUGUUUCAAGUGUGGCCGUCCCGGUCACUGGUCUCGCGAUUGUCCAUCAUCGGCUCCGGUCGCCGGCAACAACUCCGUUUCGUCUUCUUCCGGUCCAUCUCAAAUCCCUAAUAAUGAAUUUCAGAGAUCCUCCAAUAAAAGUGGAAAUCCUGCCGCCGGAACCUCAAUAGCUCCUGUUCCUAAAGUGACGAAGACGAGAGUGCAAAGGCCUAAGCUAACUCCUGAAUUGUUACUCUCUGAGGAUGGUCUCGGUUAUGUUAGCGAUUUGGGGAAUUUGAUACGGCUGUACAGUGAGUGGUACUCUCAUUUGCUACCUUACUAUUCCUUUGAUCACUUUGUGCAUAAAGUGCAACAAGUCGCUUCUACUAAACGUGUGAAGAAUUGUAUAAACGAACUGCGAGAAAGGGUUGCCAGUGGAGUUGAUCCAAACAAGUUAUACGAAAAGCCAGAAGAAAAUACUGGUCCUUAUGAUGAUCAAGGUAACCUAGAUAUGGAUCAGCCAAGUCAUGAUGAAGAGAACAUACCACCGAAGACCGUUGAUGCUAAUACAAAUGCUGAUGCUUUUGAAGACAGUAUGUUGAAUGAGAUAUUUGAAAAUGCUUCAAAGCUACCGAGCGAUGAACAAAACAUGGAUAAAAGCAGUGAACUGACAGAAGAGCAAAGAGCACGUAUGGAAGCUAAUAGACUGAAGGCAAUGGGGAAAGCUCAGAACAUUUCCGAGGAACAGAGAACAUUCUUCCUCUUCACGUCUAUGGAUUUUAAUGCUGGAGUUCCCAUGUCUUCUCUUUCACCUUUGAUGAAUCAAGAUGCAAUGUGGCAAAUGAAUUUGAGUUCAGAUGAAACAAUGGAAACUGGUUCCUACCCUGAACGACCAGGAGAGCCUGAUUGUUCUUAUUACAUAAGAACUGGACUUUGUAGAUUUGGCUCUACUUGUCGGUUCAAUCAUCCUCGUGAUCGGGAACUGGUUAUAGCCACUGCAAGGAUGAGAGGAGAGUACCCUGAAAGGAUUGGUCAGCCUGAAUGCGAGUACUAUUUGAAGACAGGAACCUGCAAGUUUGGAGUAACAUGUAAGUUUCAUCAUCCUAGGAACAAAGCUGGGAUUGCUGGAAGAGUCUCUCUCAAUAUGUUAGGCUAUCCUCUGCGCUCGAAUGAAGUUGAUUGUGCUUAUUUUCUAAGAACCGGACAUUGUAAAUUUGGUGGUACUUGUAAAUUCAACCACCCUCAGCCUCAACCAACCAACAUGAUGGUUCCUACUUCAGGCCAACAGUCUUAUCCUUGGUCAAGAGCUUCUUUUAUUGCCAGCCCUCGUUGGCAAGAUCCGUCUAGCUAUGCUUCCUUAAUCAUGCCUCAAGGAGUUGUCCCGGUUCAAGGAUGGAACCCUUACAGUGGUCAGCUCGGCUCAGUUUCUCCUUCAGGUACCGGAAAUGAUCACAACUACAGAAACAUACAGCAGAACGAGACAAUAGAGUCAGGCUCUCAGUCUCAAGGGUCAUUCUCGGGUUUCAAUCCGGGAUCCUCUGUUCCGCUAGGAGGGUAUUAUGCAUUGCCGAGGGAAAAUGUGUUCCCGGAAAGACCAGGACAACCCGAAUGCCAAUUCUACAUGAAGACAGGUGACUGCAAAUUUGGCACAGUUUGCAAAUUUCACCAUCCUAGAGACAGACAAGCUCCUCCUCCUGAUUGUCUCUUAAGCUCCAUUGGCCUCCCUUUACGCCCGGGAGAACCGCUGUGUGUGUUCUAUACUCGCUAUGGAAUCUGCAAAUUUGGUCCAAGCUGUAAAUUUGAUCACCCUAUGCGAGUAUUCGCAUACGAGAACACAGCUUCAGAGACAGAUGAGGUAGUGGAAACAUCAACAGGGCAAUCCAGAAGACACUCUGUAUCUGAAACAAGACAAGCAGCAACAACAUCCUCUGGAAAAGACACUACCAUUGAUAAUACACAGCAGUGAGGAAACAAAAAGAAGAAGAGCUUUUAAAAGAAAAAAAAGCUUUGAUUUUUCAAAAGAGGAAUCUGUAAAUUCUCAUUUUCAUUUAGUCUCUCAAGCAUUUAUUAAUAAUGUAUAGAGGUGAUUUAUACAACUGAUCUUGAUCUUGAUCUGAUGGCCAUUGUUGUAAUAUUCUUUUGGCGAAUCAGGUUGAAUAAAAUUGAAAGUAAUUU